UGAUCGGUAUUUCUAAAUGCUUCUGGUCUCAUAAGCAUCUCUUUGUGACUUUAUUGCGUUCUGUCAAAAGGUGGACACGAAUGUGGGAAUUACUUGAGGGAUAAACAUGGCCAAGACCUUCGCCUGUACAGUCCUGGUAACAGGACGAGGGGAGAUGACUGCUAACUUGACAGUGAAACCUUGUCAGACUAUGUCUUAUGAACUUAGGAUGGCAAGUUCCUUGGUGGGAGAAAUAGGCACCCGCAUUAUUUAUGACCGUAAGUUCCUCAUGGAAUGCCGCAACUCUCCAGUUGCCAGGACUCCUCCACGUGAUCUUCCAAACAUUCCGGGUGUCACAAGUCUAAAUGCAACAGAGAAGGUGAAACCAGCAACAAACCAUGUGAACAGUCACGAGGAGAAGGCAGCUGGUGGAGAUGAUGCCCAAUUUGAGAUGGACAUUUAAGAUGCACCACAUGCUUUCCUCCAGAAUGAGGAAAUUUGACCCUGGAUCCUCUUCAAUUGGGCUUAUUGGUGAGCCCAGGUAUUUCUCCAAGUCACCAGCGCUACUUCAAAAUAAGAAAUAUGCAAGGUGCUCCUACCACUGAUGGAUCUGACUACAGACAACAACACGUUCUGCAAAUACUUUGAAAAGUAUUGAGUACCAUGUGUCAUACGUGGUAGAACAUCCACUGAUCUCGUUGGCGAAGGCCAUUGUAAAGCUGGGGCAUCUGUCGGGUUCUUGAUCUCUUUAACCUGGUUUGAAAAAUUGUACGCCUUUGGUAAAUCAAGGCGCAAGGUAAACCUUUGCGAGAUGUAAUUUUUGGAGAGAAGAGAGAGAACCAACAAAAUAAAGUGUAAUUCAAUCA